GGAAAACCCGGGUCGUAUUGUCCGUCGUAUCGAAACGUCCGUCUACCAUGGUCGCUGCUACUUUACGUCUGCCUGAAAAGGCACCUAAAGAUAUUGUGCUCGUGUACAAAUACACCGGGUCUACUAUUCCUUUGGAAACCGCCAAGGAAAUGAGUUUGGAGAUUGACGGCACCAAAGUCGAUUGCCCUAACAGCAUUUGCAAAUAUCUUGCUGGUCAAGCCCAUCACGAGUUAUUAGGGUCAAACAAAGACGAACAAGCUCAGGUGGAAGAAUGGCUCACUUACGCGACUUCUGGCCUCCGCACCGUGGCUAAAAAAGAUGUCAUUGCCGCUCUUGAGAAAAAACUCGAUGCUCACUUGAGUCAAAACACCUUUUUUGUUGCCAACCGCCUGACCUUGGUGGAUCUUGUCAUCUUUGGUAUCUUGCAUGCCUACACGAAAAACAUGAAAGUCACCGCUUGCCCCAACGUCAUGCGCUGGUUCGAUCUUAUCCAGAAUCUGGUUGUAAGAGAACACAAGUUGACGGAAGACUUUUCUAUCGUUGAAAUGAAUCUCGACGACGUUCCUGAACCCGUCAUUGCCGCUCCUGCUAAAAAGGACGAUAAGAAGCGCGGUGCUGCUACCAAGGAAGAUGCGAAAGCUGCUCCCGCCAAAGAAGCUGCCAAGGCUGAUGUAGCCGCCAAGGGCGAUAAGAAGGAUGGCAAGAAGAAGGAGAAGAAGGAAAAGAAGGAGAAAAAACCUGCUGCUGCUCCAGCUCCCGAGUCUGAUCAGCCUGUUGUUUCUCGCUUGGAUAUCCGUGUCGGUUAUAUUCGCAACUGCAGAAAGCACGAAGGUGCUGAUUCUUUGUAUGUUGAAGAAAUUGAUUUGGGUGAUGGUGAAGGCGUCUAUCGCACCAUUGUCUCUGGUUUGGUUCGAUGGUAUCCUUUGGAAGAGAUGCAGAACCGAUGGGUACUCUGUUUGACCAACUUGAAGCCUGCUAGCAUGCGUGGUAUCAAAUCCGAGGGUAUGGUUCUCUGUGCCACUGCCCCUGAUGGCAGCAAGGUCGAAUUGCUUGCACCUGUGGAUACCAGCAAGGUCAAGCCUGGUGACCGUGUCUUCUUUGAAGGCAUGGAAGGCGAACCUGAGAAGAUUUUGCCGCCCAAGAAGAAGUACUGGGAAACUGUUCAACCCGAUUUCAAGACCAAGGACGAUUGCAUUGCCUGCUUUGGUGACAAGCCUUUCUUGAUUAGAACCCAAUCUGGCGAAACCGUUCAAGCCAGAGCCCCCACUGUCCAAGGCGGCAGCAUCAAAUAAAUAAAAAGCAUAUAUGUAUUAUGAACUGUAACGUGCCUGGCAGGAAGGAAAAAUAAAUCGAUUUUGGCUUUUUUUUUCUUU